GUUCUCUGCAUAAGUAAAAAGCAAUACAAAUGUUGAUGUAAUGCAUAUUUUACUCUUGCUAAUUUCCCAUGGUUUGAUCGCAAUCGUGAAAGGUUGACAGACAGACAAAGGAGGAGGGGGGCGGGGAGAGGCAGGCUUCCCGUGACCGGUGCAUCAUCAAAGGAGCUCGUGGAACGGCAGCCUGCACUACCGGGCUCGUUUUCCCUUCUGCAUUCUCCCUUUCCCCUUUUUUACUCUGUUGCCUUGUCAGCCACCAAAGAUGUCAGCCAGGCCGGGAUUCUACCGACAGGAGCUGAAUAAAACUGUGUGGGAGGUGCCGGAGCGGUACCAGAACCUGACGCCGGUUGGCUCCGGAGCUUACGGUUCGGUGUGUUCGGCGUACGACGUGGUCCUGCGGCAGAAGGUGGCCGUGAAGAAGCUGUCGCGGCCCUUCCAGUCGCUCAUCCACAGUCGCCGUUCCUACCGGGAACUCCGGCUACUCAAGCACAUGAAACACGAGAAUGUCAUCGGGCUCCUGGAUGUCUUUACACCUGCUGCGGCAUUGGAAGACUUCAAUGAACUCUACUUGGUGACCAACUUGAUGGGUGCGGACCUCAAUAACAUUGUCAAAUUCCAGAGGUUGUCCGAUGAGCACGUGCAGUUCUUGAUUUAUCAGCUCCUCCGUGGCCUCAAGUACAUCCAUUCAGCGGGAUUGAUUCACAGAGACCUCAAGCCAAGUAAUGUGGCAGUGAAUGAGGACUGUGAGCUGAGGAUCCUCGACUUUGGCUUGGCCAGGCAAACAGAUGACGAGAUGACCGGGUACGUGGCGACUCGCUGGUAUCGGGCGCCAGAAAUCAUGCUAAACUGGAUGCACUACAAUCAAAAUGUUGAUAUUUGGUCAGUGGGAUGCAUCAUGGGAGAGCUGCUGAAAGGAAAAGUCCUUUUUCCUGGCACUGACUAUAUCGACCAGCUGAAGAGAAUCAUGGAGAUGGUCGGGACGCCGACCCCGGAGCUGUUGGAGAAGAUCUGCUCGGAGCAUGCACAGAAGUACAUCCAGUCUCUGCCUUUUAUGCCCCAGCAAGACCUGGAGAAGCUCUUCCGGGGAGCAAAUCCACUCGCCGUCGACCUGCUGAAGCGCAUGCUGGUCCUGGACUGCGAUGGGAGGAUCUCGGCCAACGAGGCUCUGGCCCACCCUUACUUCUCGCAGUAUCACGACCCGGACGACGAACCCGAGGCGCCGCCUUACGACCAAACCCUGGAGAGUAAAGAUCGCACUCUGGAAGAAUGGAAAGAGUUGGUGUUUACGGAGGUGAACGGCUUCAAAGCGUCCGUCGGCAAGACCGACAGCCUUCAGGUGGAGCAGUGAACCUCCUUUCCUUUACAAACGGGCUCUUGGGGUCAGCACACGUUCCAAUUACCCGGAAGAUUUAAGGUCCAGUCCCAGUGUCGCUUCCCGUUACGGUUCCCCUUCCGCGAGACUGAAAGAGGAACAACGAAACUCCCGAUCGUGAUUCAUACGAGAAAGCAACUUUACCGAAGCGUUUAAAAGACUCCGCAAGCAGGGCAGGGGACAUGAAAAAGACACAGCGCACGCUAGGAUUUCCAAAGUGAGAACACAACACCAUCUGGUUCCUCAUUAUUGUGACAAACACCGCAGAGACUUUUUAGAUUCAUGUUUAAAGGCUUGCGGCAAUGCCUGACUGCAGCUUCGCAUUUAGCCUGCAUACUGCAUGAAUAGUGGACCUGAUCAGCACACCUGAUUAACGGUACCAUAUAAUACAUUCAGACCACACAUUUAACCGAGCUUAGGGAAGGCAAUUGUAACCAGAUGGCUUUAUCCUUAUCGUUUCUUCCCAUCAUGAAUCAAAGUGUUCAAAUAAUAAUCUCCAGUUUACAGAAAAGUAAACACCAACUGUGCUUUUCAUUAACAAUGUGUUAUAUAUUUACCAAAAUGUCUGUGUUGACAGGUAAGUCCUAUUUUCCAUAAGGUAUACAGUAAUAUCUGCCAAGCUAUAGUAUCCUUGUUAUAAUUUACUUCAGAUGUUUUACAGCUGAUGAAGUGCCGUUCUGCACAGUGCUUACAUUGGGAGUCCUUGUAUUGUUAUCAGUUGAUAGUAUUUGAGGAUUGCAAAGAAGGGGACCUUGUACAAUUUCAAGGUGAAGGUUGGUGUGCGAAUGUUAAAGUGCUCACGUGAAUGCCUGAACGUGUUUGAAUAGCGGCCACAAAAGUGAAUGUCAAAUUGUAUAGAAAAGAUGUCGCGAUUGAACACUGUCUUCAGGAUUAUCGGUAGCAUGUGAUGGAUGUGCACCUCUGAUUUCAAACGUUUUCACAUGCUUCAUCCGCUCGUAGCGUAAUGUACGAUUGCUUUUUUGUUUUAGCCAUUAGUUCUUUUGGCCGGUAUGGUUUUUGUCUUUUCUUAAUUUUGAACUUCUGUUCUUAUAAACACUUUGUAUGACCAAAGGUAUAUAUUGAUUGUCAGACCAUUUCAGUUUUAUGACAUUAUCUCCAAUGAAGGCUGUUCUUGUCA